GUUUCUGUGAUUGGCAGUGGAGGUGCCACGUGCUUCCGUGAACCUACCGGAACCUACAGGGCCACGCGCGCUGUUACUACAACCACUCACCCAUCAGACCCACACCACCGACAGUCCAGUCAUAUUUGCCUGGAGAGAGGAGACAGCACUAUGGCGGCUCUGAAUGGCUUCGACAUCGAUGCUCCACGCUGGGAUCAGUCCACAUUUAUGGGCCGUCUCAAACACUUCUUUAACAUUACGGACUUUCGCACUGCCGUCCUGCCUAAUGCCAAACUGGAUGAAGCAAAAGUUUUAGUGGAAAGUUGCAGAGUGGGCACGAUCCCUCCAGGCACAACUGAGGAACAGCUGCAUUAUGCCAAGAAGCUCUAUGACUCAGCAUUUCACCCUGAUACUGGUGACAGAAUGAACUUGAUUGGCAGAAUGUCUUUCCAAGUCCCAGGGGGCAUGGCCAUCACCGGCUUCAUGCUGCAGUUCUACAGGACAGUGCCUGCUGUGGUGUUUUGGCAGUGGGUAAAUCAGUCCUUCAAUGCUCUGGUCAACUAUACCAACCGCAACGCUGCCUCCCCCAUCACAGCAAAACAGAUCGGUGUGGCUUAUGCAACUGCAACAAGCACUGCAUUGGCCACUGCCGUGGGUCUGAACCUCUACACAAAGAAAGCACCUCCUCUGGUGGCUCGCUGGGUGCCUUUUGCAGCCGUGGCUGCAGCUAACUGUGUAAAUAUCCCUAUGAUGAGACAACAAGAGAUCUUGAAUGGCAUUGCAGUCACAGACGAAAAUGGCAAUAAACUUGGUGACUCAAGAAAAGCAGCGGCAAAGGGCAUCACACAGGUGGUCAUCUCCCGAAUCACCAUGGCCGCACCAGGCAUGAUCAUCCUCCCUAUAUUAAUGCAGAGACUAGAAAAAUACAGAUUUAUGCAGAAAAUUACAUAUCUCCAUGCACCACUGCAAGUGAUGAUGGUUGGAGUAUUCCUAAUCUUCAUGGUGCCCGCAGCAUGUUCACUGUUUCCACAGAGAUGCUCUCUGCCUGUGUCCAAACUGGAGCCAGAGCUCAGGGAUUCCAUCAUCUCCCAGUAUGGUGACCGCAUCACCCAUGUUUAUUUUAACAAGGGAUUGUGAUAAUGUUUCACAGCAUAUCUUAGACUGGAGGAACAUAGUCUGAUCUUGGCCAAACCUGAGCAAGACCAAUACGAGUAAACGGUUAUUCAUAUAAUUAUACCCCUAGAACUUAAAUAUUUUAAUUCUACAUUUUUUGACAGUGUUUGGGAUAAGAGGUGAAAAGGAUAUAGGUUUUCUAUAAAUUGGAAGUCUUUGGCCCACUUCUGAAUAACCUUCAGCAUGUCUUUUUUUUUUUCUUUUUAGUUUGUUUAAAUUCUUGAGUUAGGCUAAGCAAUCAGCAGGUGAACACCUGACUUCCUGGUGCUGGAAUAUAAUAAGAUGUAAUAGUAUCGGUUUAAUUUAGGGUUUAAACAGGUUUACAGAAUUGCAUUAUAUUUUUUUUUUAUUGUUUACAAUGUUUGAUAAUUGUUUAAGUUUGUUGUUUUAGUUAUAUUGUUCAAUAUUGAGUUGGUCAUAAAGAAAAUUGAUCAGUGAGCCCUGAGCAGAGUUUUACAAAAAAUAUUAAUAGAAAAUCAGAAGAAGGGACCUGCAGUUGCAUACUGAUGUCUCAGGAAUUUUUAAUGUAGUGGUUCUAUGCUUUAAAGCUUAAUUGAUUAGUUAAAUAAUUCAAAUAUUAUCAUAUACUUAGCUAGUCCAGACUUUGCAUUUUUUUAGUGAAGCCUGUUUUUGUUUUUUGUUUUUUUCAAUCAUUCAAACACAUUUAAUACAUUGACACAAUGUGUUAUUAUUACAAACAUUUUUAGAGUAAAUGAUUGAUUGGAGCCUCACCCCUUUAUCUGUAAUAUUUAAAUAAAUUCUUAUGCACA